UCAGUAAAAAAAAAGACAAGAAGGAACGAGCGAGAAAUCUAUUUUUACCUCGUCGAGAAGUAAAAGAGAUGCUGCGUCGACUGACUAGCCAGCAGACAUUUGCGAGUCGGCUAGCGGACGAAACAUCAUCCGCGUAGCCCUUAACAAGAGUGGUGUUUCAAUUAUUUAUUUCCCUUUCACAAGUUGAACUAAUUCACCUUUUCCUGGUGUACGUUGAUUCUGAUCAGCCGGUGCCCUUUCGUAUUUAUCUUCGAUUGUCGAAAAAAGGAAGGAAACUAGACCUUUAACGAAAUGGAUCCAGACGAUUAUGAUGUGGCUAUCGGGACUGGAGUCGACACGACCCUGAGCGGGUUGGAAGAACGCCGGCCGCUGACCUUGCUACAGCUGCCCGGGGAAGGCGGCGACGCAUCCACGCGGUCGUCUAUGUCCGAUCUCGGGUCACCGAUCUACGAACGCCGUUCACGACAUGACAUUGGUUUGAACGGACGUUUGGCGUUUGCCAUUGCGGCGGCGGCCCUAGGAUCGGCCUUCCAGCAUGGUUAUAACAUCGGCGUCGUCAACGCACCCGGCGAGCUUAUCCGAACAUGGAUCAACGAUUCACAUUAUAACCGAACAGGUGAAUCCUUGUCGUCACCAGCAGUCACUCUUAUUUGGUCAUGGGCAGUGUCAGUAUUCUGCAUCGGUGGUAUUAUCGGAGGAUCUUUAACCGGAAUUUUGGCUGAACGCAUGGGCAGGAAAGGGGCGCUACUCUUCAACAAUGUAUUUGCCAUCAUUGGAGGUUUACUGGAAGCUUUCACUAAAACCGCCAAUUCUUACGAAAUGCUCAUUGCCGGGCGAUUAUUCAUUGGAAUCAAUUGCGGCUUGAAUGGUGGUUUAGCACCUAUGUAUCUCUCUGAGAUCUCGCCCAUCCACCUGCGUGGCGCUGUUGGUACCGUAUAUCAAUUAGUUGUCACCAUCUCGAUUCUGGUGUCGCAAAUUUUGGGUAUGGAAUCAUUGCUUGGCACACCCACUCUGUGGCCUAUUCUGCUUGGUUUGACCAUUGUCCCGGCCGCUUAUCAACUAAUAUCUUUGCCAUUCUGCCCGGAGUCACCCAAAUACACGCUGCUGAAUAAGGGAAAAGAGAUCGAGUCCCAACGAGCUUUAACCUGGCUGCGAGGGACGUUGGAGGUACAUGAUGAGAUGGACGAAAUGCGCGCUGAAUUCGAAGCAAUGAAACUGGUUCCCAAAACUACUUUGAAGGAAAUGUUAACAAACCCUUCUUUGCGUGCUCCAAUGAAUAUCGCCGUGAUGAUGAUGUUGGCACAGCAACUCUCUGGAAUCAAUGCCGUCAUGUACUACUCUACCGACAUUUUCAUUUCGGCCGGUUUGACCGCUGAAACUUCGCAAUACGCAACUUUGGGAAUGGGCGGCAUGAACGUGUUGAUGACUGUCGUUUCCCUGGCCAUCAUUGAAAAAGCCGGUCGCAAAACUCUCCAACUUAUUGGUUUAGUUGGCAUGAUGUUUGACGUCAUUCUCCUUACCAUCUGCUUGGCACUGAAGGAUGUGGCGGCAUGGUUGGCAUACUUCAGCAUCGUCUUGAUUAUUGUCUACGUCGUGUUCUUCGCUACCGGUCCUGGCUCCAUUCCUUGGUUCCUCGUUACGGAACUGUUUAAUUCUUCUGCUCGUCCUAUGGCGACCGCUAUCGCCGUAACCGUCAACUGGGUCGCCAAUUUCAUCGUCGGCCUUGGAUUUCUCCCUAUUCAGGAAUUGUUAGGCCCCUAUGUGUUCGUCAUCUUCGCCGGUUUCUUGGCCUUCUUUUCCUGGUUCACCUGGAAGAAGGUGCCGGAAACUAAGAACAAGACGAUCGAAGAAAUCAGCGCCAUGUUCCGCCAGCAAUCCUACUAGAAGAUAGAAAUCAACAGCGUGUAUAUCAUAUCCGGGAAGACGGAAGCGUUUGAGUACCAGCGACGCUGUUGCUGUUAACUACACACCAACAAUAAGCAUAUAAAAAACAAACAGAUUGUAUAAAUGGACAACUCACUGGACUGUUAAAAUACGUUUGUUUGCCAAGUUCUUCGUCCGCCUAUUUAGUGAUUGUUGUCCAUUGGAUUUUAUUCGAAAUUUUUAUAAUAACAAAUCCAAAGUCGCAGACAUAAAACACGCAUUCUGGUUCAACCUCAUGUCCCCUCCCAGUGACCUAAGCAACGUAUCGUAUCAUAUAGCUCCAAAUCUGGUUUCUAAUAUAGGCAGUGAGCUAGACAUUUUGAAUUUGUUAUCGUAGUUACAGAAAUCCCAAAGAUUUUGUUGUUAUUACUUAUAUUACUUAUAUUGGUAGUACCAGCUCCCUUCGAAUGCAUUGCAUUUUACUUUUUUUUAUUGUGUUUUAUUUUUUAUUUUAUUAUUUAGAAGGAGCAUAAUAGCAUUAAAACCAAUAGUCGCGUUCUGGGUUCCAUGACGAUUCGACGCAGGACCUGUUCUAGUUUAACGUUUUUUUUUUCUUGUGAAUUUACAAUUUCCAUCAUAUUUUUGUAUAUCUAGGUAGGCUAGUCGUAAGACGUAGUCGAGUUAUUCAACAUACUAUCGACGUUUGACGUAUGUAUGAUUAUUCGUCUUGUACUGAUUUAAAAAAAAUUAUGGGUGAAACAUAUGUUUGGUACUAUACACGUUUCUUUCCCGAU